CGCCUAAAUAUAACUUUAGUAAAACUAAAUGUACUCCAGCACUCAAAGGAUUAACAUUGUUACCUACCAUUUAAUGGUAUUCUGCCUUCCUUCACAGUAUAAGUAACACCUGAGCCAACUCAUCUGACCCUGAUGGCCUUUUUCCGCCGUCUACUGCUUUCUUCUCUGCGCUACUGCACCACCCAAAAAUUUGGGACUGAGGCAGGCACCGGCGAAAUGGGAGAGACUCUCAGAAAUUGUAUGGGUGACAGAGCAACCUGGGACGCUUUUUAUUCCCAAUCUUCCCCCGAUAACUCAUCACAUUUUGACUGGUUUUUCAGUUACAAUUUCCUGCAGGACUUUCUUCUGUCUCUUCUCAGUAAUUUAGCACAAGAAAGCUAUGCAGGGCAUCCUUUACAUAUAUUGGAUGUUGGUUGUGGUAUUUCAGAUCUGGGGUUAUGUCUGUUCCGUGAUUCCCCUAUCUCUGUUUUGGUAUCCUGCAUAGAUCGCUGUGAACCUGCAAUCCUCACCAUGAGGAACAGAAUCACCCAUGGACACUCUGUAAUCUCACGACAUCCAGAUUCCUGUCUGCAAUAUAUACAAGGUGAUGUCACUGACCUGUAUUGGAUACCUUCAGCCAGUGUGUCACUUGUGCUAGAUAAAGGCACCUCAGAUUCUCUGAUGCGCUCAGGGAUGUUAGAAGCUACAAACAUGGUGAAGGAGGCUCUGCGUGUUUUAAGGCCAGGUGGCAAACUGGUACAGUUAACAGAUGAAGACCCUGAUGUCAGACUUCCUUUCCUAGAAAAGGCAGGUGCAGGACCUUUUACAAUACUCCAUAAACUGAUGAAUAAGGAUGGCAUGUUUUAUUAUGCUUACAUUACGACUCCACCGCAGACCUGAUCUGUAGUGUAAAAAUGUGUUGCUGGAUUGUAUCGCACCUAUAAUACUACAUAGAAAGCCACAAAUGUCUGUGACAAAAGCGGACUGUAUUUGAUUUACAGCAUAAAGUAGCAGUCUUUAGGUUGAAGCUAUAGUUACAAACGAUGAACACGACUGAUGUUUUUGUUAAAUUAUUUCUUACAAAUAUACAGUCACAACAUAUACAUCAUAAUAAAUACAAAGCAUACUAAUAUUCAUUCAUCUGAGAUCUCUGCAAAAUACAUUGGGCAGGGAAAAAAAUAUAUAUAAUUUGACUCCUUUUUUGCUAAGGAUGUUUUGUGCCCAAAAA